AUGCUAAUGAAAGAACGCGAAACUGGAAGCGGAGUCCGUUUGGAAGUGAACGAAAAAAUCUUGGAUUCAUGCACGCAGUUGAUUCAGGCUGUUCUUCGACUGGUUCGCGACGCCAAUGUUUUGCAGAAGGAAAUUGUUUCUCAGGGUCGCGGUACAGCGUCAGAAAAGGAGUUUUACAAGCGGCAUCACCAGUGGACCGAAGGCUUAUUUUCAGCCGCCAAGGCGGUCGGUUUACGGGCUCAUGUCCUAGUGGACGCUGCGGAUCGCGUGGUGAACCAAAAAGGCAAAUUCGAAGAACUGGUGGUUGCCUCUCAGGAAGUCGCUGCGAGCACCGCACAGUUAGUCAUUGCGAGCAUUGUGAAGGCGGAUAAAGAUUCUAAGCAGCUGAAGCAGCUUGAAGGCAGCAGUCGUAAUGUUACUUCGGCUACAGCUACUGUUGUGGCCACUGCAAAAACCGGACAACAGACCUUAGAAGAAGCCAUUCCAGAUUUCAGCGCUCUUUCACUCCACGCUUCAAAGAGAUUGGAAAUGGAAACACAGGUAAACCUCAUUGUUAUGAUAAAUUUUUAUAUCUAUCAUACAUAUAAACAAGCUAGCAGGAAUCUGCCGUCCUCAUACACUUUGUCAUUUGGUGCCGGAGUGCGCCUGAAAAAGCCUUCACUGCCAGUUGUCUGUGAUAUUUGUGACGUCAUCUCUCGGCAAAUUUCUGAUUGUUGACU